AUGACAAAUCUUUUCAUCAUUACUGUAAUAGCUUUGGACCAUCAACUGCACAACCCCAUGUAUUUCUUCCUAAUGAAUUUGGCUUUGCAAGACCUGGGCAUUGUUUCAGUCAUUGUCCCCAAAUCCAUGAUAAAUUCUCUUAUGGGCACCAGACAAAUCUCUUACUUUGGUUGUGUUGCUCAAAUUUUUCUCUUUAUCUCCUUUGAAGCAUUUGAAUUGUCCCUCCUGACAGUCAUGGCAUAUGAUCGGUAUGUUGCCAUUUGCCAUCCACAGUACUAUGAAUUGUUGAUGAAUUGGAAAGUCUGCAUCAAAAUAGUGAUUCUGGUGUGGGUUACAGGUAUACUCUAUGGAAUGUUGCACACCACUGGAACUUUUUACAUCCCUUUGUGUUCUAAUGUUGUCAACCAGUUUUUCUGUGAAAUUCCACACUUGCUAAAUCUUGCCUGCUUUGAUUUCAAUCUACUUGAAAUUGGAUUGCUUGGAAUUAGUAUAACUGCAGGACUUGGUUGUUCUAUUUUUAUUAUCAUCUCCUAUGUUAUGAACUUCAAGGUGGUGCUGAGAAUCCCUUCUGUGAAAGGAAGGCAGAAGACCUUUUCUACUUGUCUUCCACACCUGAUAAUCUUUUGUAUUCUUUUGGUAACUUCAUGCUCGACCUACCUGAGACCACCCACUAACACCACAUCUUACUUAGAUUUAGUAUUCACUGUCCUAUAUUCCUUACUUCCACCCCUGUUCAAUCCAAUCAUCUAUACCAUAAGAAAUAAGAAUAUCAUACUUGCCCUAGCUAAACUGUGGAAAUUCUGA